AACUGUUAUAGCUACAGCGUUAGCAUAGUUAGCAUGCUAGUAGGGACCAUACAGUGAAUGGGAGAGAGGGAGUUUACUCGUUAAGAUACAACGUUAGCAUAGUUAGCACGCUAGCAGGGAAGCAACGGGAUGAGGUCGUUCCCCGGAAGCGGUUGUUCUUCUUCGUGGCAGGAGGAGUUCUUCUUCGUGGCAGGAGGAGACUGUUGCUUAGUGCCACGUUGAUGGAGACCAGUGGGGACGUGGAAAUCUGUCUGGAGUCCGCAGCCGGGUCCCGGUAGCCUCUUCUUCUGUGUGUGUGUGUGUUUUUUUUUUUUUUACACUUCGCUAAUCCUUAAGCAGAAGCGAAAGGGGAACUCGUGCGUGUUGCGGAAAGAUUGUUUUUUUGUGCCUGUCACCUGUUUUAUGUGUUCGUUCAUGUGAGAAGAAGCAGCGUAGAAGAGAAGGAUGAAACUUAAAGAGAUCAACCGCACAGCCAUCCAGAGCUGGAGUCCUUCUCAGCACCAUCCCAUCUACCUGGCGACAGGAACAUCAGCUCAGCAGCUGGACGCCUCCUUCAGCACUAAUGCGUCUCUGGAGUUUUUCGAGCUGGACUUGGCCGAACCGUCUCUGGACAUGAAAUCAUGUGGCAGCUUCUCGUCCUCUCACAGAUACCACAAGCUUGUGUGGGGUCCGUACGGCAUGGACUCCGAGGGUCACGCGUCUGGAGUCCUGGUGGCGGGAAGCGACAACGGCGACGUGAUCCUGUACGACCCGGCGAAGAUCAUGGCCGGAGGCAGCGACGUGGUCAUAGCGGAGAGCGACAAGCACACGGGGCCGGUCAGAGCUCUGGACGUCAACCCCUUCCAGACAAACCUGGUGGCGUCCGGUGGGAAUGAGUCUGAAAUCUACAUCUGGGACAUGAAUAACUUCAGUUCUCCGAUGACGCCGGGACCGAAGACACAGCCUCUGGAGGACAUCAGCUGUGUGUCGUGGAACAGGCAGGUCCAGCACAUCCUGGCCUCGGCGAGUCCGAGCGGCCGGGCGUCGGUGUGGGACCUUCGCAAGAACGACCUCAUCAUCAAAGUCAGCGACCACAGCAACAGGAUGCAUUGCUCGGGUCUGGCCUGGAACCCGGAGGUGGCCACUCAGCUGGUCUUGUCCUCGGAGGACGACCGGAUGCCCGUCAUCCAGAUGUGGGACUUACGCUUCGCUACCUCCCCGUUUAAGAUUUUAGAGGCUCACACACGCGGCGUCCUGGCCAUCGCCUGGAGCUUGGCCGAUCCUGAGCUGCUUCUGAGCUGUGGGAAGGACAGCAGGAUCCUGUGCUGGAACCCAAACACAGCCGAGGUGCUGUACGAGCUUCCCACCAGCAGCCAGUGGUGCUUCGACAUCCAGUGGUGCCCCAGGAACCCGGCGGUGCUGUCGGUCGCCGGCUUCGACGGACACAUCGACAUCUACUCCAUCAUGGGAGGCAGCAGCCAAGCGCAGAGCCAGAGACACGCCGACCAGAUAAGCAACUCAUUCGGGAACAUGGAUCCCUUCGGGACGGGCCAAGCGUUGCCUCCGCUGCAGCUCCCCCAGAGCACCGCUCCUCCGGCGCCGGUCAACCCCCUGAAGAAGCCGCCCAAGUGGAUCCGCAGACCCGUCGGCGCCUCCUUCGCCUUUGGCGGGAAACUGGUGUCCUUGGAGAACACGAAGCCGAACCCCCAGCAGCCCCAGCAGCCCACCUCCCACGUGGUCCACGUCAGCCAGGUCGUCACGGAGACGUCUUUCCUGAAGCGCUCGGAUCAGCUGCAGGCCACGCUGAGCUCGGGGGGCUUCGUCGACUUCUGCCAGGGGAAGAUCGAAGCGGCCGAGAACGAGUUCGAAAAGACUGUUUGGUCUUUCCUCAAGGCUAAUUUUGAGAGCGACAUUCGCAGCAAGUACCUGGAACUUCUCGGCUACAACAAAGAGGAACUGGCCUUGAAGAUUUCAGCAGCGCUGGAGGAGAAACCUGCCGAACCCUUGAAGGUGCCUCCCCCGUCGUCCCCCGAGCCUCCCCUAACCUUCGGCCUCGCGCCUCCCGUCGACACUCCAGAGGCAGCGUUCGACAUGAUCGCUGCUGCAAACCUCCAGCCUGCAGCCACACUCGACCUGAGUACCACUCCCGAAGCAGAGGCCGAAGAUUUGGGCGGUGAACCAGAACCAGAUGCACAACUGGACCAGGACAUCCCAGAAGUAGAGGAGGAGGAGGAGGAGAAGAAGGAGGAGGAAGAUGAGGAGGAGGAGGAGAUUCCUUUGGAGGAGGAGACGACAGCGCCUCAGACUGAAGAGACCAGUCCCAUCGUGACACCAGCCGAGGUCCCGGCUCCAGUUCCAACCCCGGCAGGAGGAGUCAACCUCAGCAUCAGUCCAGACGUGGACGGGCUGAUCACUCAGGCUCUUCUCACCGGAGACUUCGAGGGAGCCGUGGACCUCUGUCUCCACGACAACCGGAUGGCGGACAGCAUCAUCCUGGCCAUCGCCGGAGGGGCGGAGCUCCUGGAGAAAACCCAGAGGAAGUAUUUUAUGAAAACGCACAGCAAGAUCACAAAGCUGAUCAGUGCGGUGGUGAUGAAAGACUGGCACGACAUCCUCAGGACGUGCGACCUGCAAAACUGGAAGGAGGCUCUGGCCGCGGUCAUGACCUACGCUCGGCCCGAGGAGUUCUCCUCCCUCUGUGAUCUUCUCGGGGGCAGACUGGAGGCGGCAGAUGACGGUCGGCUUCAGUCACAAGCGUGUCUGUGCUACAUCUGUGCUGGCAACGUUGAGAAGCUGGUGUGUUGUUGGACCAGAGUGCAGGAUGGACACUGUCCUCUUUCUCUACAGGACCUGGUGGAGAAGGUGGUGGUGUUGCGUCGUGCCGUGGAGCUGACCCAGCGCUCCGGUCCGGCCGCUAUCGGCGUCCUGCUGGCGGAGAAGAUGAGCCAGUACGCCGGCCUGCUGGCCUCCCAGGGCAGCCUGUCCACGGCCAUCACAUACCUGCCCGACAACACCAACCAAGUUGCCGUCCAGCAGCUUCGUGACCGUCUGAGUCGAGCUCUGGGGCAGCAGCCGGUGGCUCAAACCCAGAGAACUCCUCAUCCUCAUCCUCAUCCUCAUCCUCAGCCUCAGACUCAGCCUCAGACUCAGCCUCAGAAUCAGCAGCGAGCAGCUCAGCCUCGACACCCGUACGCCCCGGUUCAAGCCCCCAUGGUGCCUCAACCCACUGCAGCCGCCCCGAGGGCCCAGCCUACGCCUGCCUCCGCCCCUGCACAGCCACCACAGUACUACCAGCCUGUGAGGGCUGCCUCCACUGUCACCUCCUGGAGUAACCAAACUCCCACAGCCCUCCCCAAUGUCCCUCCUCCUCCUCUUCAAGUAGGCAGCGCCUCAGACCAGCAGGUGGAGCCUUCUCACCCCAUGUACGGGAUCCCAGCCUCGGCCUCGGCCUCGUCCGCCGCCCCCCCGGCCUCCUCCACCACCCCCGCAUACAUGUACUCCCAUCAGUACCAGCCCUACCCCCAGGUCCACCAGUACCCGCCUGGAGCUGGGGGGCCAUUUAUCUAUCAGCCUCUUCAGUACACCUCCUCUUCCUCCUCCUCCUCCUCCUCCUCCUCUGCUGCUGCUCCUCCUCCUCCUCACCCAGAGCCUUCCUCCCCUCCUCACCCCAUCGGCUUUCUCUCUCAGUACACUCAGCCAGCACCUCCUCCUCUUUAUCAGCCUCCCGUCGCCCAGUGCCCGUCCUCCUCCUCCGCUCCCUCCCACCCUCUUUUCUUCCCCGCAUCCUCCUCCUCCUCCUCCUCCACCUCCUCCUCCUCCUCCUCCUUUCCCGCCGCUCCCUCCUCUGGAGCCUCUUUCCAGCAUGGAGGGCCAGGAUCUCCUGUGUCGUACAUGCCUCCUCCACCAGGUGGCAUCUCAGGUACACGACCGCAACAGAGAACAGGACCUCAGAACGGCUGGAACGACCCCCCGGCUCUGACCAGAGCCCCGAAGAAGAAGCCUGUCCCAGAGAACUACACCCCUCCUGCCCCGAUCACUGCCCCCAUCAUGGCUCCUCUGGGCUCUGACCCUCAUGCUCAGCCGGUGUCGUCUGGAGCCCCUCAGCCCAUGGUCCCUCAUGGAGCCCAGUACUCAGGCAUCCAGCAGCAUCAGCAGCAUCAGCAUCAGCCCCAGCAUCAGCAGCAGCAGCUCCCCCCUCCAGCCAUGAACCCCGCUCAGCCCCAGACCAGCAUGGAGGGCCCCCCCGGAGCACCGACCGGAGACAUGAUCCAGCCUCUGCAGUCCAUCCCCGCUGAGAAGAUCCUGAAGAAGCCGAUCCCUGACGAGCACCUGGUCCUGAAGACCACCUUCGAGGGUCUGAUCCAGAAGUGUCUGAGCGUGGCCAUCGACCCCCAAACCAAGAGGAAGCUGGACGACGCCAACAAACGUCUGGAGGCUCUGUACGACAAACUCAGAGAGCAGACGCUUUCGCCCGCCAUCGUCGGAGGACUCCACAACAUCGCCCGGAGCAUCGAGUCCCGGUCCUACGCCGAGGGCCUCAACAUCCACACCCACAUCGUCAGCAGCAGCAACUUCAGCGAGACGUCUGCGUUCAUGCCCGUCCUCAAGGUGGUGCUGACGCAAGCCAACAAGCUCGGAGUCUGACGAGACGGGGGGACAAAAAAAAACAACUUAAUUUGACGGAGGAAGAUGCAGUUAAAUUUUUUCUUUGUGCCAAAAUAUGUUAUUUUGGGACGCAACUCAAACACAAGCCAUGCUGUCAGUCAGUCAGUCAGUCAGUCAGUCAGUCAGUGGUGGAAGAUGAUUCUGAGCCAACAAAGGGCUACUUGUAGAUUUAUGGAUGAGAAUUUAGGGAAUAUGCAACGAUCCUAUUAAAAGUAAAUGACAGAUCAGCGGUUAUGGAAUUAAAUAUAAUAUAAAUAGGGCAUUUCUGUCUACAUGUGUCUGCGAUCACGCUAAAUGCUGUAACUUUAGAGAAUAAUCCAAGUGAAUUCUGCAUUAAUAGACUCCUGGUGCAUGCUUUUAGCUCAUAAUCAUGCAAACGUUUAGAUUAAAAAAAAAAAAAAAAAACGAUUUCCGUGCACUACAACAAUCCUGAGACUUUAUAACCACGAUAAAUAAAUAAAUACACAAUAGAAGUUUACGUUACAGUGUCGCUUCGGACAAUUUUGUGCCUUUCAGAAUUUUCAACAUUUCUGUCUGUGAUUAAACAAAAAAGAAAUAUUAGAUUUAUGUAUUAUGGAGGAAUCUGUACAGAACGUCUUCAGUUCUGAUGUGUUGUUGAGUUUCCUCACAUGAAUUGAACAUUUCUAUUAGAUUAAGGACGGGACUUAGACUUGGCUGCUCCUAAACAUUCAUUUUGUUUACUUCAACUGUUCUUUUUUUUAUCCUUGUUUUUACUCCAUGACCCCGUUUCUCUUCAGAUUCAGCUCAUGGACAAAGGUCCUGACAUUUCCUUUUAGAAUUCACUGCUAUAAAAUACAUCGAUACGAAUCUGAAAGGUGCAAAAACCGCUUCAAGUGUCACUGUAAAUACAAACUUCUUCAGUCGUAUGUGUACAUGCAUCAUCGUCUGCAUGCAUUUUUAUUUUUUUUUAAAGUAGACCAAUAAAUGAGGCAGAUUACAUCAAAUUAGGGCAUUUAUUUUGGGCAGUUUAAAGCAAAAGCUGAAUGAAACAUGUGCCAGUUUAUUUUUUUUAAUGCUUCUAUUAUGACUUUUUGUUCUUUCACCACUCGUGUCUCUGUGUGCGACACAUUGGACCAAGAUGUGCGUGGGAGUUUAGAAAGCGACGUCAAAUCCCACGUGUUUAGGACGUUUUUGUUGUUUAAUUUCGUUUUUAUUUUUUCAGCGUAAUCACUCAGCAGGAGGAGGGCAACAGACUUUUUAAACCGAGGCUUUUUAUGGCGUUUUUGAAGUAUGCAUGCUUAAAUGAAACAGUCGCCUUUUACUGGUAAUUAUCUGCUAAUUAGUCGGACCUCAGAAGGAAGCGAGGAAGGAGACUUGUACUUGAUUUUCAUUCCAACUAUGGCGAGGGUGGUCGGCCUCUCUUUGUGUUGUUAAUAAAAAGAACAAGUCUUUGUUUUAGACUGACUACAUGCAAUAUUUUCAAUAAAUAGUAUUUAUUUACAAGAAAGUGUUGCAUUUUUUUUCCAAUUCAUGAAAUAAAAGAUUGUCAAA